CUGGUUGUCACUCGUUCAUCUCUCUCUCUCUCUCUCCCUCUCUCUCUUCACACUAUAUAUUGUCAUCUCACCAUUCACUUCUCUUCCUCACACACCCCUCUCUGACCCUCUGACCCUCUCUCUCUAGAGAAAGAGAGACAUGGCCUCCACACGUGCCACACUCGCUUCUACCGUUCUCCUCGCCCUCCUCGCCACAUGCAUUGCGCAGGCACCAUCCUCACCACCUACAGCCACCGCUACUCCACCUACAGCCACCGCAACUCCGCCUACAGCCACCGCAACUCCGCCCACAGCCACUGCAACUCCGCCCACAGCCACGGCAACUCCGCCCCCAGCCACCGCAACUCCGCCCACCGCACCACCACCCAACGCGACGCCGCCGCCCGUUCCAACUCCCCCACCGGUAGCCCCGCCUCCACCAACCAUGGCACCUCCUCCGGCAAGUCCCCCAGUCGCCACCACCCCACCACCGGCCCCGGUCCCGACAUCACCGACGCCCUCCGCCACCCCGCCACCGUCUCCACCUCCCUCAUCCCCGUCACCGUCUCCUUCAAUGACGCCGGCCCCCAAAUCGCCCGAAGCGCCCGUAUCGCCCCCUCCUGGCGCUACAGGAGGCCCCGGCGCAUCUCCACCGUCCGGCACGACAGCGCCGCCGAGCGACGGUGGCUCGUGCGGUCUCAGGGCGAGCAUGGCGUUUGUGGCAUUGCUUGGUGGAGUCGCACUGCUUUAA